CAGAUGUUGGAUUGCAAGGGUUACAUAGGAUUUUUGUGAACAACCAUUUAGUUGCCGAGAAUAAAAUGCUGCUAAAUAAAACAAAAACACUUGCAAAGGACCGAGGGUUUUCUUUUACCUGGUUGAGAGGAUGCAAGAUCUUUGUUGUGCAAGAAUCCGACAUCGCCAGUUAUUGCCAUAAAUUUGGAAACAGGUUUAAGAAAGCUUUGAAAACUUAUUUUAAAUUGGAGUAUCAUAUAGAAAUUAAAAUAACUAACAAAAAUAUUUUAACAUACUAUAAAUGUUACCAAGGGUUGGCUCACAAACUAGUUUUGCUUCAACGUCAUACAGGCUUGCAACUAUCAUUCGACUCAUUUUUACUUGCUUACUGUUGCUUAGAUGUUCAUACCGGCUUGCCACUUGCUAUUUAUAUUGUUGCGCUUAUCGUUUUAACGCCUCUUUUAUUUUUUUAACUGUUAAAUAUUGUACUUAUCAUAAAUUAACGUUCUUUAUGCGCUUAAAAAUUAUUCUAUACCUAAGUAUUAUUGGAAAAAAUGAUGCCGAUUAAUAUUUAUUAUCAGAAUUCACGUGGACUACGUACUAAAACUGCAACAUUUUAUAGAAACUUGUGUUUGUGUUCGUACGAUGUUGUAUGUAUUACGGAAUCGUGGUUAAUAGAUAGUAUCCAUAAUUGUGAAUUAUUUGAUGACCGUUAUGUUGUUUGGAGACGUGACCGGAACUAUAGUGAAUUAAAACAGACUUUGGGGGGUGGUAUUUUAAUAGCUGUUCGUAGGGAAUUGGUGUCAGAGUUGAGG